AUGUCUCGGAUCAUUCGCCUGAAAUACACGCCCGCCGCGAAACGGGCUCCCGCCCCGAAACGGGCCUCAAAGCGCCAAGACUACGAUUCUUCGUCUCUCGAUCUGUCCGAUGACAGCGGUUACUCGGGCGUCGAGGAUGUCACAGAUUCCGAAGAUGACGACGAGGAGCAUGUCUUUGCGGCCGAGGAGGAGCACAUAAUCAAUGCAUCGCGGAAGCGAUCAUCGGCUCCCCCUCGGCCGCCCGUGGAGGAUGACGAGGACGAUGCAGACGAGGAAAGCGAAGCAGAUGAAGAAGACGAGGCAGAGGCAGAAGACGUUGACCCCGCCGACGACGGCGACAGCUGGGACGGAAUCUCGUCAGACCACGAGGAGCUCGUCCCCGCAGAGACCUUAGCCAGCGACAUGCUUGAUGAGGCUGCUACCACCAUUGAGCGCCAUGUUCGCUUCGCCGGGGUUCCCGAUAGCGACUCGGACUCAACCACCAGUGAGACCUCCGACAUCAACGAGUUCUUUCCCGACAUCUUCGUCGAGCAAAGCGCCCUCGACCCCUCGUUUCGCCGCGAAAUCGAGAAUGACCCCGAUGAGACAUCCUCAAACAGUUCGUUUUGGGACUUCCAGAGCGGCUCUCAGGAUUUCGCCGGCCAGGAAUCGAACGAUGAAGGCGCUGCACAAGAUCUCCACGCCACGCCGCGGCCAAGCCAGCCGCCCACUGAAGUGUCAACGCCUGUCCCCAUUUCUGCAGAGGUGCAGGAACUGGACGGAUACGAGACCGACGGUGAUACUACCGAGGACGACAUUCCGGAGCCCAUUAUCCGCAAAAAGCACGCGCAUCGGGCCCGUUCUGUCGAGGCGUCGUCGGGCUCCGACACUGAGCGGCCGGUCCGGUAUGCACCCGGCAAGCCUCGCCUGGGUAGGUUUAACCUGGACCGAUCCGACAACAAGCCCAUUGGCGUCGUCGAUCCUGCUUCUGGCAAGAUGAUCAUCUUCACACCCCGCAGGACCAACCAGCUGGACCUCUCACCAGAGUCUCUGCAACUGGACUUCUCGGGUCAGGAUCUGGCCUGCUCGCCACUCGUGAGGAACCCGGGCUUUGUCAUGAUGGGUGCCAUGGUGUCAUCCAACACCUUUGGGGAUUUUAUCAACAUGCAGCCUUUUGGCCCGGCCGAGGCAUUCUUUCCGUGCACCCCCGACGCAUUCACGGUGGAAGAGGAGUCCGAUGACUCGUUCUUUGCCGGCGAAGACGAGGACGAGGACGAAAGCCUGCUCAGGAUCGAGGAUUUUGUCACAUUCAACGACGAGUCGUCCGACGAGGAAGAUUCCGGCGCUGAUUGGAAUGGAGAUCUCGUCUCCAGCCCGACCCGGCCGAAGAUUGCUGCUAGCAGCGCGAGUGCGGCAACCGAAUCUGCUGCGACCCACCCGCUACUCACCCAUUUCGAGAACAAUUCAAAUAUUGUGGGAGCAUUCCGGCGCAAUCAGAUCAACCAGCAGCUCAUCUACAGCGACAAAGCAAGCCAAGAGUCACUCGCCUUCUCGGGCCCCCUCUACCACGGCACUCUCCGCGGCAUUAAGUCGGGAAGUUUGGAGACCGUCACCACACCGAUCACGCCCAUCCGUAGGCAGAAGAGAAGCAACACGGUAGGAGCGCUUGGAUUUCCCGACCUCCAGCAGAGCAGCCCACUCAACGUCGCAUCACAGAAGAGGAAAGCGUCGAGUCACCUCGCCGACGCCAACUUGCACAAGCGCCAUCGGAGCAUCUCGGACGUAGAGGCCCUGCACAUUUGA